CUGAGUGCUUGAGCACAGCUGCUCACGGGAAUCUCUUUAUGGAGUACAGUUUGAAGUUGCUCUUACGCUAACUUGUUUCUUUGACGUGAACGCAAGAAUUUCUUUAGAUAAGUUGACAGAAGAGCGCUGUAAAGGGUAAUUCAUUGCUUUCAGUAGAACAUUGAAGCGAAUUUCGGAGAGAUGUUUUUAACUCCUGAUAUGAGUAGAUCACGGUCACUGGAGGAUGCGAGGAGUUGCGCAAAGUCUUGAAAGAAGAGUACUUGAAUGCUGUCUUGACCAAAAACAAACAUGAGACAUAGUCUUCUGUGGAAAGUGAUUUUGUUUUGGACGUUAGUUGAUGCUCAGGCAGGUGAAGAUGGAGAGAUUACAGCUGAGGAACAGGUACAUAUGCUAUUGGAUGUGAAGCUGCAGUGUCUACAGAAGGUGUCCAUGGACGACCCUGCAGUUGGUGCGUGCCCUCCAGAAUGGGAUGGUUUGAUAUGUUGGCCACAAGGAUUUCCUGGAACUCUCACCAAGACCCCCUGCCCCAGAUAUAUCUAUGACUUUAACCAUUCAGGCCACGCCUACAGGAGGUGUGACUCUAAUAGUUCCUGGGUGCUGGCAGAGAGCUUUAACAAGACCUGGGUCAACUACACAGAAUGCAUCAAAUCCCCAGAGCCUAACAAAAAGAGACAAGUCUUUUUUGAGCGACUGCAUGUCAUGUACACAGUGGGCUAUGCAGUUUCCUUUAGCUCUCUUCUCGUGGCCAUCUUUAUAAUUGGAUACUUCAGGCGUCUCCACUGCACCAGGAACUACAUUCACAUGCAUCUGUUUGUUUCCUUCAUGCUGCGUGCUGUCAGCAUCUUUGUAAAGGAUCAUGUGGUGCACACCAGAGCUGGGCUGCAGGAGUACGAUGCUGUGCUCAUGAAUAACUUCACUAAUGCAGUGGAUGUGGCACCAGUGGACACAUCACAGUAUAUGGUUUGCAAAGUGACAGUCUUGCUGUUUAUCUAUUUCCUGGCUACAAACUACUAUUGGAUUCUGGUGGAAGGCUUGUACCUGCACAGCCUCAUCUUUAUGGCUUUUCUGUCCGACUCCAAGUACUUGUGGGGCUUCACUUUGAUAGGAUGGGGUGUUCCUGCUCUCUUUGUUGCAGCAUGGGCAGUUGUCAGGGCAACGCUGGCGGAUGCGAGAUGCUGGGAGCUGAGUGCAGGAAACAUCAAAUGGAUCUACCAGGUCCCUAUUCUGACAGCUAUUGGGCUCAACUUCAUCCUUUUUGUGAAUAUCGUGCGGGUGCUCGCCACCAAGAUCCGCGAGACCAACGCGGGCAGAUAUGACACGAGGAAACAGUACAGGAAGCUUGCCAAAUCCACGCUUGUGUUGGUCUUAGUGUUUGGAGUGCACUACAUUGUGUUUGUUGGAAUGCCUCACACAUUUGAAGGUUUGGGCUGGGAGGUGCGCAUGUACUGCGAACUCUUCUUCAACUCUUUCCAGGGUUUCUUUGUGUCUAUCAUCUACUGCUACUGUAAUGGAGAGGUCCAGACGGAGAUCAAAAAGACGUGGACGCGGUGGAACCUCGUCUUUGAUUGGAAGGGCCCGGUGAUAUGUGGGAGCUACCGCUACGGCUCUGUACUGGCCGGCCUCAACAACAGCACCAGCAGUCAGUCACAGCUGGCCGGCAGAGGCUCGGGCACACACUCCACCACGCUCUUCUCCAGCCGAGUCUACCGCAGCAGCGGGGGCCUGACCAUCAGCACCCAUGCCGCUCUGCCAGGCUACGUGCUCAAUUCGGACGCUGACAGCUUGCCACCAUCCAUACCCGAGGAGCCUGAGGACAGCGCCAAGCAGGUGGAUGACAUCCACCUGAAGGAAUCUCUGCCCACGAGACCCAGCAGUGGCCUGGAGGAUGAUGAAGAAACUCUGUAAAUAAUGAUGCAGUAACAGUUGUGUGUGCCAGUGGUUGAGAUCAAAUAUGACAGCAUGUUCCAUUUAAUGCACACUGCCGUGGAAAGCAACUUCCUCUCUGCAAAAGACACUUCCUGUCAGAGAUGUGACGUAGAUUUGUUGGCACGAUGGCAUUAGCAGACAGAUUGAUAUGUUCAUGACAAGAUGUCUCCUUCUCUUACUGUGACAAAAACGUAUGGCAGAUCUGGAAUUGCUAAUAGGGGAAACUUUGAAUGGUUGCUUCACAUGCAUUUGGAACUGCCAGCGGCGAGAAGUGAAUGUUUAAUUGCAUUGUCAACAUAUUUUCUAAUUCUGGUUUCCUUUGCUAAAAAUCAUGAGAAUCCAGUGUUUUUAUGUGGUGAAAAGCAUGACUUUCCACAUAUUUGUAAACUUACUUGAGGCGACUCAGGAUGAGGGAUUGUUUAAAAAAAGAAGAGCUCGGGGGAAUAACAGAUUUAUUGAGGCCUCCGUCAUACUUUCUGUACCAUUCCAGAGGAUGGAUUUGAAUAAUUGAAUUGCAUUUGUUAUGUGGACAGUAAAAUUAUCAUUGUUGGUUUUGUGCUUCACACUUUUAUUAUAACAUAUUGUAAAUCUGAAAGUUUGACACAGUGAAAGCGCAUUACCUCAUAAUAUUCACUAGCAUCAAGCCAAUCAGCUGUAAGCUGGAGACUAGACUUCAGCCACAGGAGAAUGAAUGGAUAAAUUUGUAUCCUAAUUUAUUUUUUAACAUUUGAUAAUAAAGGAAGUAAUGUAGAUUUGUCAUGAGAAGCCAUUGAGUGCAGUGUUAGAAUAAUUGUUCCCCUACGUAAAGAUAUCUGCUGGUGCGGGUGUUCCUAGGCAACCUGAUCUCACAUAACUAUUUGCUAAUUCGUAUGAAUUCAUAAGAUUUUUAAAAUGAAACAAUACUGAAGCCCCUCCCCUAAACCCAACGUCAGUGGCGUGAAAGCAAAUUGUACUACAACGUACAAAUAAGAUUGUAUGAAAUCAUACAAAUUAGCCUCCUCUUAAAACAGUUACGAAUUCCUGAGAUUGUAUUGUCCUAGUAGCGGUCUUAAAGGUAUAGUUUACCCCAAAAUGAAAAUGCUCUUGUGAAUUACUCACCCUCACGUUGUUCUAAACCUGUAUACAUUUCUUUGUUUGGUUGAAUACAAAGAUAUUUGGAAGAAUGUUAGCAACUGACAGUUCUGAGGCACCAUUGACAACCAUAUAGUAUAAAAUGGUAGUCCCAGAACUGUUUGCUUUCCUAAAUUCCUCAAAAUGCAUUCUUUUUAUGUUCAACAGAACAAAAAAUACACAAUAUUUUUCCUGGUAGUCAAUGAUUCCUCAGAACUGUUGAUUGCUAACAUUCUUCCAAAUACGUUUGUGUCCAAACGAACAAAGAAAUGU